CAGCUGCGUGUGUAGAUCUAUAUCUUGCACGGAUAAGCAUACCUCUCUGUUUCAUUCAUUCGAGCAACUACAUUGAUAUAUAGAUCAAACUCAGAGGCGCUGCAAGUCCUGUUUAUAUUCCUCCAAACGAGUUUGAAGUCACGCGGUGAUUCUGUGACUGUACAGUAGCUCGCUAGUAGUUUAUUUCGGAAACAGUGUAUUGGUGCCGAAGUGUCUUUUUUUUAUUUUCCAGCCGUUAAACAACAUUCAUAAGACAUGUCAAGAUUAACUUGUGAUGGUACACCGAAGUGACAGUCCCAUCAUUCGCUGACGUUUGCUGAACUGGUGAAAUGGCAGCUUGAAGCGUCUUGAUUGCCAGCACCGGGGGUGUAGUCCAGUUUGAGAAGUUAAGUGUGAACCAACGUUUGACCAUGGCGUCCAGUGAUGUAAAUGAGAACACUCCAUUGUUGGACAGCUCUGUGACAGUUUCUCGACCCCAGGAGUCGGUCUUCAAGGGGAGACGUCUGGCAUGUGCCGCCAUCCUAGUGGCCGAGUCCUUGGAAAGGAUGGCCUUCUACGGCCUUACCUGUAACCUAGUGCUCUUCCUCAACAGCGAGCCUUUCUACUGGGAUGGGACUCUAGCGAGCCAGGCACCUUUGGUCUUCAUGGGAGUCACCUACCUGGUAUCGCCGUUCGGCGGGUGGCUAGCAGAUGCUUAUCUGGGAAAGUUUUGGACUAUCGCUUGCAGUCUCAUCCUCUACCUACUUGGAAUGCUCUUUUAUCCUUUCGUGGGCAGCGACAAAAGAACAUUCCUGUGCGGGGAACAGAUAGCCUUUCCCGUCCAACCGGCAGAGUGCAUGAGCGCGAACAUUACCCCUCCUGCCAAUGUCACCUGUCCCACACGGGCACCGUACUGUGGGGCUGUCAUCUACAGUAGUCUGGUGCUGGUGGCCUUAGGCGUGGGGACAGUGAAGUCCAACAUGACAGCCUUCGGAGCAGACCAGGUGAAGGACCGCGGUCCGGAGGCGACGCGGCGCUUCUUCAACUGGUUCUACUGGAGCAUCAACCUGGGCACCAUCAUGGCGCUGGGGGGCAUCGCCUACAUCCAGCAGAACCUGAGCUUCUCCGUGGGCUACAUCAUCCCUGCCGUGUGCCUGGGGGUGUCCUUUGUGGUGUUCAUGCUGGGCCGCGCCGUGUUCAUCACCAAGCCGGCCGACGGCAGCGCCUUCACAGACCUGUUCAAGAUCUUGGGCUUCGCCUGCUGCUGGUCACGCGUGCCCAAAGAGGCCGCCCUGCUCAGGCCUAAGCCCACGUUGCUGGAUGGAGCGAAGGUGACGUAUGGAGGAAAGUUUCCAGAGGAGAAGGUGGACGAGGUGAAAGCCAUCUUCAAGAUACUUCCUGUCUUCCUGGCUCUCAUUCCGUACUGGACAGUGUACUUCCAGAUGCAGACCACGUACUACUUGCAGGGGCUGCACCUGAAGAUCCCGACAACCAGUAAUGGCACCGGCUCACAGAUGACGUUUCGUUUCCCGGCAGCGUGGCUGUCCAUGUUCGAUGCGGUGUUGAUUCUGCUGCUGAUCCCUUUGAAGGAUAAGGUGGUGGACCCCAUGCUGCGCCGCCGCGGCCUCCUGCCCUCCUCGCUCAAGCGCAUCGCCGUCGGCAUGUUCUUCGUCAUGUGCUCCGCCGUUGCUGCCGGUAUCCUGGAGACCAUGCGCCUGGACAUCAUAAAGAGCCGCGGCACCAUCGACCAGGUGUUUGGCCACGACACCUACUACGCCGCCGACCUGCCCAUCUGGUGGCAGGUGCCCCAGUACGUCCUCAUCGGCAUCAGCGAGAUCUUCGCCAGCAUCGCCGGACUGGAGUUUGCCUACUCCGCAGCCCCGCGCUCCAUGCAGAGUGCCAUCAUGGGCCUCUUCUUCUUCUUCUCGGGGAUCGGCUCGUUCGUGGGCUCGGGCCUGCUGGCCAUCGUCUCGUUCCCGAGCAUCGGCUGGAUGUCCUCUCACAGGGACUUCGGUAACAUAAACGAGUGCAAGCUGAACUACUACUUCUUCCUCUUGGCGGGCAUCCAAGGCAUGACGUUGCUCGUCUUCCUCAUCGUGUCCGUCAAGUACGACAAGCAGAAGGGCCGUCCCGUCAGUAGCCACCGCUCCUCCCGCUCCAACUCCCGAUCCCACCCCCCUCAGAGGUCAGAGGUCAUCUCAUGACCCACCCCGACCCCUCCAUCACCCCCCCUACCAACACCCUGACAUGUCAUGGUCAGUGCCAAAAAGAAGUGCCUCCUGCUUGAGUCUUUUCCUCUUGUGUUUUGGGUUUUCUUUUCUUUUAAAAAUGUCUUUAGCUUUGUUUUGGGACUGUGAGUCUUUCGAAAUAUAAUUAUUAUUAUUUGUGUCCUUUUGGGGUUGUUUUACAGUUUCAUUCUUUUAUUAUUCCCCUCAGACUUUGUUUGCACAUUCACUGUGUGGUAGGCAAGUCACUUUUGCACAAGGGUUAAGCUGCCGUAGAAAACCAUUUGAGAGAUGGAUGUGUGGAGGUGGGGGAGGGGAGGGGAGGGGACGAGGACGGGGAGGACCUCGAGAUGAUGUAGGUGAAAGACAUUUGGGAAGUUGGGAUUACAGGUGUCCUGACCCCAUCACACAUUUCAUGCUGUGUGAGUGUGUGGAAAUUAUUGUCUUUUUUUUCCUCACUCUCUUCUUGUGUCUUGUAGAAGCAUGAAAACCUGCACUUAAAAGAAAGAGUAUAUAUAGCCUCCUUGCAGGAUGGAGUCGCUCCAGACCAGUGGGAAAUAGAAACGCCUAUUGGCGGACUGCCAGGAGGAGUAUUGAAGGUUGAUCAGACUACAGAAAUGUACUAGAUUUGAUCUUAUUACAGUCAUGUAAUAGCCUUUCACACAUUGUUUAUGUGGUUGGUUUUGUUUGUUUGUUUGUUUGUUUGUAUUCAGAGUGUUGAUUUUUCUUUUUUUGUAUGUCUCCCGUAAUUUGCACUUCUGGAAUAUGGCUGGUUUGAAAAUGUGAUGUUCAUAUAUCAAUUUAUUUAAAAUAAUUUUCCAUGUGGCAUUUUUUGGUACUUUUUGUGCUGAUAGCUUUUUUUGUGCUGAAUCCUGAAAAUGAUACCUCUUUCAAAAUCAGUGUUUUCAUCAUCAACCCUUUUUUAAUAACGGUUUACCACUGCCUUACAUGUUUCCCAGUACUGUCAGGACUCGAGGAACCUGUCGCAUUAAACUUGAACUCUGUCGCAUUAUUAAACUGGACACUCCUGAGAUCCCCUGUACUCCGCUAAUGCCAACACAACACAAUAUAAUUACAGACUGUGAUUUGUUGGUUUGAUCGUAAAUUUCUGUGUAAAUAAAUAAAUAAAAACAAAAAGAGAUGCAGCA